GGAUCCCUGGAUAUCAGCAGUUCCUCCAACGUUUUGUUUACGUGAAAAACAGGGAUUAUACGUAUUUUGGGAAUAAAAUAUGAAUUUUAAACCCAUAAUUACAUAUACUGGCGCUGCCCCUUUAUUUCGUUCACUAGAGGCUCAGAUAACAAAUGCCAUUCCCUUGGAUACUUGUGAAUGGCGACGGACAUUUCAUCGGCCCACAAAACAAGUACGUCUUGAUGCUCAAUUUCAGCCUUUUAAUGAAAAACUGUUAGAGAAAUACAAAACUGGUGAAUGGAGCAUUGUGGACCAUCCAAUAUUACACAUCUAUGUGACGGAAUGUAAUGAUGUGGACAGUUACAAAAAGACAACACACGAGGAAAUUGAUAAAUGGUUAAAGCUCUUAAGCAGCUAUGAUGUUAGCGAUUGGAUGAUAUUAUUGGUGGAGACUUUCGAUGCUCGAAAGACAAAGAAUCUGCUGCAGAGAACAACGGUAUUGGAUAAAAUUCGUUUAGAUUUUGGGGCAAAAAAUGAUGAUCGUUGUAUAUCGGUAUUGAAUCCGGCAAAAUAUGAACAAAAAUCAACAGAAAGUUUUCGCUGUUUGGUGCAGCGUAUCAGGUUCCUGAUGUUGGCCAGCUAUAAUCGAAAUAUUGGAAAAUAUGAAGAACUCAUACGUUCGAAACGUGAGAAACGCAAUCAUGAUGGCUGGGAUUUUCGCCAGUAUUUUUUUAUGCAAGAAGACCUAGCCUUGGUUUUCGAAAAACUCGAACUUCACACAGAAGCUUUGAUACAAUACGAUGAGCUCGAUGCCAUAUUUUCACAGUUCAUAACCAAUUCGAGUUUUGGUGAAAAACAAAAAUGGUUGGAAUAUUUCCGGCGGCCCCUGACUAUAUUCCAUGGCAUUUGCUUGCGUAGAAAGGACAGAUUUGAGUGGAGAGAAAAAAUUCGCAAUGAAGGGGUUUCUCUGCUGGAAUUUCGCAAUUAUUUAUUUGAGCGUCAAGCUUAUUUGCUGCAACAGAGCAAUGAUACUCCAUGCAUUGCAAAGAGACUUUUGUCUUUCCUCUUCUCCACACUGAGAGAAGUAGAAUUGGUGAAGUUGGAAUUUCAAGAGGGAGCUUUGGCGUGUUGGGAAUUUGUUUGUGCCCUAGAGGUUUUGCAGGUUUGUGAAUUGUCCAUGGAACCUCAAGAGGUUACCUAUUUCCAGCAUUGUGCCCCCAUAUGGAAUUUGGCAAAGGAUAAACUGUAUGAAUUGGGCAAAUUAUGUGGUCUAAUACCGGGAUGCACCCCCAGCUCAGCCCAAUUGCAUAUAGUGGUGCAGUUGUCGGCGGGCAUAGGAGACAGAUGCCUUAACGAUCAGCAGCAAUUUCUGAAUCCCAUGCCUCAGCAAAGAGAUCGUUCGCCGGCAAGAAAACCUCGCAAAUCACCACCUGAACAAUUGAAGGAAGCUUUGGGCUCGAAUCAGGCUUUCCAAAAACUUUAUCUGGAACUUGCUGAAUUGGCUAUAAGCACCUACAAACAUGUUUCUCGUCUCAGAUCGGCACGUUUGGUGGGUUUGGAUUUGGGCAAUUUUUAUUGUGCUUUAAAUGAGCCCCACAAGGCGGUGGGCUUUUUCACCGAUCUCUUGAGGGAACUUAAGGCUGAAAACUGGCCCUCAUUGUGUUCGCAGACUCUGCUCGAAUUGGCCAAUUGUUAUCGCAAAAUGGGUGAUGCAAUGGCAUAUACAAAAACCUGCAGCGCAAUAUCGUGUUGUCCCGAACUCGAGACCUUGGUGAGGUCAUUUUAUUUUGAUGAGUUUCUGAAAUCUCUAAAGACCCUAAAGUCAGCUCUCUCGGCCGAGCCUUCAUUGGAAAAUGCCAAUUUUUGCGUAAUGGAAGAUCAUUUUCGGGUCACCAGCAUUCGAGUGCUCAACGAGAAACCCAUUAUUCAGGACGACUUUAUUUAUGUUCAAGUGCAAUUUGAAAGUCUGUACCCGCGUGAGAUAUUGGUAGACGAAAUUAAGUUGUCAUUUGAACGUUACAUAGCGCCCUUACCCAAUCAGGUCAACACACCGAAUGCCCUUGCUCAGAAAGCUGCUCUUGGUCCCAAGGACAAUCGCCUAAAGUUCUCAUUGUUGCUGAAUCAUAAGCAGAACAAAGAAUUGGAUUGUGCAUGGGUGGCAUGCGAUAUACCAAAACCCAAUCAGCCGGUGAGACGCACCAGCAGUACAAAACGCAAAUUAUCGCCCAGUGUGCAAUCGGAUUUUACAAAUGCUGUUGCUGUGGAAAAUAUUGUGAUACAACCGGGUUCCAAUGUCAUUGAGUUGAAGACCAAGGGAACCCGUGUUGGCCAAUGGGAGUUUAAACAGCUUUCUUUGCGUAUGUCACAAUUGGAGUUUCUUUCCGAACAUUUACCGGUGAAAGUUCCCCCCUUUGAUAUCACCGCCAAACCAGCAACAGCUGUGCUAAAUUUUAAAACCUUAAUUGCUGGAAUUGAACAGCCCAUAAGGCUGCAUGUUUCCGGUGGCAGUUUCAUAUUUCCUCCAGAUGCCAAAAUCACACUAAAAUGUUCCAAAAAUUUACGCAUACGCAUGCAAAAUCGCUCCAGGGAAGAGGAUUCCGAUACCAAUAAGGAAAAUCCCGAUGAGGAUGCCAGUUUUGAAAGUGUUCUCAAUGUACCAUUGUUAAACUUCAAAUCGUUCGAAGAACGUGAUAUCCCAUUGGAAGUUUUGACGGAUAUGCCGGGACGCAAAUUGACCAAACCCCUCCAACAUCACAUUACACUGAGUUGCCCAUGGUCACGCAAUGAAUUACAGAUACCCAUUGAAUUCCAGCCAGCCAUAGAGGCUUCAUGCCAUUUGCAUACAUGUGGAACGCAAAAGUUUAUGCAAGUGAUUGUCAGGGGUUUAGAGGCGCAUCUGUAUUUGACUGAGGCACGGGUGAGAUGUGAUGUGCCAGGUGUUCGUUUGAUCGAUUUGAAUCCCGUAACACAACAGAAAAUUGAAAUUUAUAAAUCUCUAACGGUGUUCUUCCUCUACGAAAUUCAAGUGGAACCCCUGGAGACGGAAACGGAAUUUCCCGUGAUAAAAGUACAUUUUAUGACCAAAUAUUCUAGCAUUGAGAAACCUUAUCUCUUGAGAAAUUUUGGUUGUGCUUUCGAUCUGGUGGACUAUGUGACUCUUUUCAAAAUACAAGCCCAGCUGGAGCCAAAUGAACUGUGUCGCCUGAAGUCGGUGUGCAAUUUGAAUUUAAAAAUUUCCAAAAUUCAUGCAAAUCCUUUUGUUGAUCUAAUGUAUGAGGUGCUGACGGAUCAAAAUUCCUGGGCAGUUUGUGGUAGAUCAUCAGGUGUCAUUUCCAUGAAAGAUGUUGAAAGCCAUUCUAUUUCCUUGGAUGUUAUGCCGCUUUGCACGGGAUUUUUACCCAUGCCCAGCAUACGUCUAUCCAAAUAUACUGCCGGUGGAAAAAACAAAACCGAUACCCACCCCAAAGUUCAUCCUUUUCCUCCCGGUCAACUAUACAAUUCCACAAAAUCUAUGCAAAUACACGUAAUAGCCACCACAGCUGUCGAGCAAUAAUCUACUUUUAGCUUAACAUAUAAAAAUGAAAGAAUUUAUUUAUUACAAAAACAAAAAACAAAAAAACUCAAUAAUUUUUCUAGAAGAAAAUAAAAAAUAAACAAUCCAAGUAUUAUUGUUAAUCAUAUAUAUAGGAAUUUAUAAUAUAAUAAUAAAUUAUUAUUAAAUAUAUUCUCUUUAUGGUAAAAUAAUACAAAAUGAAAUUUGUUUUUCCACAAUUUAUUUCUCUUUCUGAUUUUGAUAGUCAAAGAAUCGAAAGGAUUUAAAAAUAGCUGAAGGAAAAAAACUAGCUGAAGG